AAGAGCGAAUUCAAAAUGGGUGAUGUUGAGAAGGGCAAGAAGAUUUUUGUUCAGAAGUGUGCCCAGUGCCACACCGUGGAAAAGGGAGGCAAGCACAAGACUGGGCCAAAUCUGCAUGGUCUGCUUGGGCAGAAGACAGGUCAGGCCCCUGGAUUCUCAUAUACAGAUGCCAACAAGAACAAAGGUAUCACAUGGAGCAACGAGACACUGACGGAGUAUUUGGAGAACCCCAAGAAGUACAUCCCUGGAACAAAAAUGAUCUUUACUGGCAUUAAGAAGACAGAAGGGAAAGACUUGAUAGUUUAUCUCAAAAAACCUACAAAUAAGUAA